UCAAUCACCAACGACACACAACAGCUCCAAUACGAAUCACAUAUCCCUUUCUACACAAAAAAAUAACAACUACAAAAUGUUGCGUUUACUCGCUGAUCUACUCGCCAGCUUGCUUUUCUUAUCAACUGCUCAUGCGCAAAUGCAACAAUGUUCCUGGUAUGGACCCAGUCUGCCUUUUGGGCGCACACAUUAUUUAGCCGCUCCCCCAGUGGAUCUUAAUCAGCCACCAAUUUAUCUGCCUGAAUCGAUUCCGAUAAGCGAGGAGCCACAGGAAUCGCAAGCUCCAGCCGGCAGAAGGAUAUGGAUUACCAGAAGAACAAGGGUCGCAAAGAGAUGAAGGACUACGAGGAGAACAACAAACAAAAGAA